AUGGCCGAGAUCGACAUGCUGCAGAAAGCUGCCGCAGGCUUCUGUGUCCCGACCGACCCGAGCAAGCCGCAAGUGACGGUCUUCUACGAGGAGGACACCCACACAGUGUGCUGUGUGGUUCGAGACCCGAGCAGCAAGAAGGUUGCCGUCGUAGACUCCGUCAUGCGCUUUGACUUCUCUUCGGGCAACACGGACACAGCGCACGCGGAUAAAGUCAUCAGCUUCAUUGAGCAGAGUGGCUUCGAAGUGGAGUGGAUCCUUGAGACGCACGCGCAUGCCGACCACUUGUCUGCGGCACCCUACAUCCAAUCCAAGCUGGGCGGCAAGAUCGCCAUCGGCGAGAACAUCAAGCUCGUGCAGGAGGUUUUCUCGGGGGUCUUCAACCUGGGUCCCAACUUCAAGAAGGACGGCUCGCAGUUUGAUCAUCUCUUCGCUGACGGGGAAACCUUCAAGCUCGGCGAGCUCGUAGCCUCCGUCUUGUACACUCCAGGCCACACGCCGGCCUGCGUGUGCUACCUCAUCGGCGACGCCCUCUUCACAGGCGACACCCUCUUCAUGCCGGACUAUGGCACAGCCAGGUGCGACUUCCCGGGGGGGAGCUCGAAGACUCUGUAUUCCUCCAUCCAGAAGAUCCUUCAGCUGCCGGACACGACCCGUGUCUUCGUGGGCCACGACUACCUCCCCAAGGGUGGCCGCACCGAGUUCGCUUGGGAGACCACCAUCGGCGAUGAGAAGAACCACAACAUCCACAUCGGUGGUGGCAAGUCCGAGGACGAGUUUGUGAGCAUGCGCGACAGCCGGGAUGCCCAGCUGGCGGUGCCUAAGCUCAUCGUCCCCUCGGUGCAGUGCAACAUCCGGGCCGGUCGCUUUCCAGAGCCCGAUGAGAAUGGCAAAGUCUACCUGGCUGUGCCCGUCAACGUCCUGAGCAACCGCGGCACGCUUCACCCAUGA